CUCAAAAUCUGCAGCCUGCAAUGCCAAUCGUUAUGGGAUUCACUUUGAAGCUUUUCUUUUUCACCAGCCAAGGUCUAUCAUGAAGAAUGAGAAGCUUCGGUGGUGUAGGACUUACUCUUACUUCAAGGCUUAGAGGCUUUAUUCUUUCAACAACCAAACCCAGAGCCUUCCAUGCAAUCUCCAAAGACCAACUCCAACUCUACACUUCCAAAUCCUGCUCUUCAUUCUCUAAUCUCUUGGCGGAUAAAGACCCAACUUCCAUUGUCGCUGCUCUUUCCCUCUCUGAGACUUCAAAGUCAUGUUUCCUUGGUACCCAAAUCCAUUCCCAUAUCAUCAAGUUGGGAUUUACUGAUGACAUUUUUUUGUUGAAUAAUUUGAUCAAAAUGUACUCAAAAUGUGGGAUUGUGGGUGAUGGAUUUAGGGUGUUUGAUAAAAUGCCUGACAGAAACCUUGUCACUUGGACUUUGAUGAUCUCGGCUGCCGUCCAAGAUGGUCAAUUUGAAUGGGGCUUGGAGAUUUAUUUGGGAUUAAUAAGAAGUGGGUUAAGUCCGAAUGAAUUCACCAUUGGCAGUAUUCUCAAGGGGUGUGCAGAGUGUGCUAGUACCAAAGCAUAUGAAUUUGGCAUGAGUGUUCAUUGUUUUGCUUGGAAAGUUGGGAUUGAACAGAAUUGCUAUGUGGGUGGUUCUAUUUUGAACAUGUAUGCUAAGUUGGAGGAUAUUGAAUCGGCUAAAAGGGUGUUUGAGUCUAUGACCAAUCUUGAUACUGCUGGUUGGAAUACUAUGAUUGGAGGGUAUGCGCAAUGCGGCUAUGGCCUCGAAGCCUUGAAGGUUGUAUCUUUGAUGGUGUGGAGGGGGAUAAGCAUGGACCAGUUCACCUUUGUUAAUGCUCUUACGGGGUGCUCUGUUACGGGAAAUUUGGAUUUUGGGAAGCAACUUCAUGGAUUGAUCAUCCAGAGUGAGGUGGAAUUUAGUACUUCAGUAAUGAAUGCCCUUUCUGAUAUGUACUCUAGAAAUGGUAAGAAGGAUGCGGCUUUGAAAGUUUUCAAUAGGAUACAAGCAAAAGAUGUUAUAUCGUGGAACAUCGCAUUUGGUGUCUUCUCUGAAGACAAGAAUACAAGAGAAAUUGCAAAGUUAGUCCAUGAGUUCAUGCUAGCAAACAUGAAACCUAACCAUGUCACUUUCUCAAUCUUGUUUAAACAAUGUGGGGAGCUACUUGAUCUGAACCUUGGGCUUCAGUUUUACUCUCUUGCAUUACAAUUUGGAUUCUGGAAUGAAGCUAAUGUUAGAAGCUCAAUAAUCAAUAUGUUUUCUAGAUGUGGGGCUAUGGACAUGGCACGCUUGUUUUUUGACAGCCUACUUGACAAGAACUUAACUUCUUGGAACGAGUUGAUUUCUGGGUAUAAUUCAAAUCAUUUUUAUACAGAAGCCAGGAAGAUUUUUUGUCAUUUAUGGGACUUGGGUGUUGAAGCGAGUGAAGUUACCUUCUCCAGCAUAUUGGAAACUUGCUAUAAAGAUGAACACCAAGAAAUGAUUAGACAAAUUCAUGGUGCUAUUGUCAAGUCUGGCUUCUCUUUCCAUGGAUAUGUUUGUAGCUUCUUAAUUAAGUGCUAUGUUAAAUUUGGACUACUGGAUGAUUCCUUUGAGUUUUUCAAUGGGUUUGAGACAUUAGAUGUGGAAUCUUGGGCGACUAUGAUAUCUGCUCUAGUGUAUCAGGGACAUCUCUUCGAAGCUAUCAAAUUUCUCAAGUCUCUGAGAGAAGCUGGUGGGAAACCUGAUGAGUUUAUUUUGGGCAGCAUUCUAAAUAGUUGUGCUGAUAAUGCAGGCUAUCAUUUAACUAAAUCUGUUCAUUCUGUUGUCAUCAAAAUGGGAUUUCAGUCACAAGUAUUUGUUGUGAGUGCAGUUAUAGAUGCUUAUGCAAAAUGUGGGGACAUUGGAAGUGCAAGGAUGACCUUUAGCCAGUCAUUUAGAUCUGGUGAUGUAGUUAUAUAUAAUGCCAUGAUCAUGGCUUGUGCUCAUCAUGGUCUGGACAAGGAAGCUAUGGGUAUCUUUGAGAAAAUGAAGUUGGCUCGUAUAAAGCCCAGCCAGGCCACAUAUGUGUCAGUUAUAUCAGCUUGUGGUCAUGUGGGUCAGGUUGAUCUAGGUCGUUUGUUGUUUGAAUCAAUGAACUCAGAUUCUAAGAUGGAAACAAUAUCUGAGGAUAUUUAUGGUUGCAUCGUUGAUAUGCUUUCACGAAGUGGAUACCUCGAAGAUGCUAGACAAAUGAUUGAAGGAAUGCCUUAUACUCCUUGGCCUGCUAUACUGAGGUCCUUGCUUAGUGGUUGUCGGAUACAUGGGAACAUAGAGUUGGGAGAAUGGACUGCUAAGAGGUUGGUUCAGUUGGUUCCAGAAAAUGAUGUACCUUAUGUACUACUGUCAAAGGUUUACUCUGAGGGGGGUAGUUGGGAAGAUGCUACAAAGAUAAGGAGGGAAAUGAUAGAAAGAGGUGUACUGAAAAAUACAGGAUAUAGUUGGAUCGAGGUAUAGCAAAAACUUAAUUUGACAGAAAAAUGGAACUGUGUCAUGAGAAAUGGUAAGUUGGUUCAGCUUUUGAGGAUUUUCGUCAACUAAUGCAGCACAAUGUAAAUGGCAAUACAACAAUUGGCAUUACAACCUCUUCUCUCUAUGCCCUUAAUGUUGCAGUUUAAUUUGCCACAAGAGUUGAUGGUCCGAAUACCAGACAACAAGUCUCUGGCAAGGGUCCUCAUCCCACUUCAGGUCUUGGCAAUAAAAGAGUAGUAGCAAAAGGAGAAGACCAACCACAAAAUACAUGUAAGAUGUCGGUGACUGGGGGAACCAACAACGCAAGGUGUGUACCUGAAAAUCGUUAUGCUCCUUUGCUAUCAGCCAAAUGUUACUGAUGCAAGCAAAGGCCACGGUUCUAAUCAGUUUCCACCACAUGAAGUAAACUUGGCUACUCAUGAAACUGAUGUGAAAAGGAUCUACUAAUAGUUCCUCAAGAUGGCAAUGAAUUAUGAAGGUGAAGGUGUUUUGCUAGUUGUGAGAGAUUGAUGAACACUGCAGAGCAAGAACUAAAUACAUUCAAGAGAAGAUAUACUGUCAGUCAAGAGUUUGCAAUGUAAUCAUAGACAGUGGUGGCAAACUGAAUGUAAGAAUUGCAAUUUGAAAUUAGAUAAUGCAUGGCGUUAUGGCCGUUAAUCUAAGAAAAUUGCAGAGUAAAGAAGAUGGCUUUAGUACUGCUGGUAGACUGGAAGAGGAGGAGAAAUGGUACGGCUCAUGGAGCAAAUACAACGCUCCACUGCAUUGGAUCAGAGGAGGAGUGCGAAAGUAGUCCCGUUGGAGAAGACGAAUUGCCUUGGAACCCUCCUAAAGGUGGGAUUUUGUUUCUAAUGGGCAGCUGCGAUUAAUGCAAGAACAAUCAUCACCAGUCAAGUUUUUGUUCAAUCUUAAUUCUUUGGUCAGCUCAGAAGCCUACCUCUUGCCGAUGGGCAGAGGUAACUUGACUUAUGAGUUUUUGGGGUGAUUGGAGCCUCAAUUGUGUUAAGUUUUGGAUUUCUUAUGAUUGUUCUAUAUCAAUUAGGCUUCUUGGUGUCCAAGUUUUUCUCUUAACCCUAUAAAGACAAGUGUUGUAGCUUUUUAGCAGAGGUACAAGUUUUCUAUUGUGCUGCUACA